AUGUCUUCACAUGGUGUUUCAACUGAUGGCCUACCUUUGGAUAUUCUGGCCACGUCGCAAGAACAUUUUUUCGAAAAACCACACAUGGACACCGGACUUCCAGCCUCCAAGUUCAUGACUCCCUUUUGUCCUGCAGAAGUUGCACUUUCAGUUCAGCUCGAAAAGAUGCGAGUCAUAGAAGCUAUGGGUGCUCGUGAUACCGCUGUUCAUCGCUUAGAAAACGCAUAUAUCUCAGUCCGUCAGAAGACUGAAAUAAUCGAUAAGCUAAAGCGUGAAGUGGAAGAGAUGAAACGGGCUGCCGAACAGUCUGCUGCUAUCGCAAGCAAACCUGAAGGACUGGAAAUUCAAGCUCCCACUCCACCGUAUAGUCCUUCAUUUCAAUCCAACGGCUUUUUGCCAACGCAGGAACCUACUCUUCACAUUUAUGAAAAAAGCGUCUCUGAAAAGGCUCGAUUGGCUGCUCUCCCUCUGCCUUCUGGUAUCCCGGAUGAUGCGCUGAAACCGAUCCUCAUACCCCACCCCUACACGUUUCAUGAAUUUCUCGGUAAUGCGACUGGUUCCCUUAAAGCUUCGAUUCUACAACAGCUCACGACGCACUGGUGUCCUGAAAGAGAAGAACAUGGAUACCUUCUUACUCCAGUUUUCAAAUGUAGCACCAAUCCACGUGUUAUCACCGCUCAUCGUUGGGCUGCCGUAGAUGUUAUCGGAAAAAUGGUCAAACCUACUGAAUGUUUUUAUAAUAAGGACGGGAAAUGGUACUACGCUGGUGUAUACAAAGCCUUUAGGAUGGAAGACCUCAGCACGAAAGAAUGGGAUGUCUUGUCCCCCGAAACGACUCAAGCGAUAAUCAAGGAAACCACGGCAAGCCGGAAGAACGUUUCACCUCAAAACUUAUACGAAAUUGCUCAACUUUACGCAGCCGGGGCUUUGAAAGUCGCAUGCAUCGGCUUACAAUGUGUGGGAUUCAGCAACCCUAUGUACAGGACAAUCUUGGAACAGGCGAAUAACUGCGCUAGGACCGGUAAAUGGAGAAACAUGAACACAAUCCCGAAUGGAACGCCAUGGAUCUCGGCGAUCAAUACAGAUACUGGCUAUGCGCUCAACAUGGUUCCUGACGGACUGCGGCUCAACCUAACGCCGAAUUCUGCAAAUGUAUCUGUAAUUGACGAAGGCGAAAAUGAACUUUUUGACAAUGGGUUGUGA